AUGCUAUAAAGAUAAUAACUAAGUUCAAUAUAGAAAAUUAAAUUCAAUUAGAGGGCCCAUAAAUUGAAAAUAAUAUAGUAAAUUUUAUAUAUAUUUAGAAAACUAUUAGUUUAAGUACACUUUGUUAAGAUCAUAACAAGGAAGUAAUUUUGAUUGACAUAGAUUCAGAGAAUAUAUAACCAGAAAAAGGGUUAGCUUGCGCUCAAUGUGUGAGAAAUCGUACCUCAUAAAAAUAUCAAACAAUUGAAGAAAUAAAUGAUUUAUGGAAUAAAAAAAGGCAAAAGGUACAAUAAGAUACUAUUGCUAAUCAAUAAAAGUCGAAGAAGUAAAUUAAAUAAAAGAAGUUAAAUGAAUAAAUUGCCUCAAUCAGUAGACAUUACUAUUAGUAAUUAAAUUUAAUUACUCAAGCAAAUUUUUUCUAGCCUAAUACAUAAACAGGUGAGACUAGUAAGUUUAAAUAAACUUCUAUACAAUAAUUAAGUUAUGAAGAAUUGCUUUCAAAUAUUAAUGAUUUGGCUCAAUAAGACAAAAUAACUGUGAAUUUAGAUGAGCAUAUGAUUACUAAGGAUAUAGAAACUAAAUUAGAAAAAAUAAAACAAGAUUUCUAAUUAGACAUUUAAAAGUCCAUUAAUUAUUUAAAUGAUUAAUCAUGUAUUAAAAUUUUAAUUUUUAGCUGAUAGCCAAUUAUUAGAAAUUAAAGAGCAAAUACAAAAAAUUUAAGCGAGGUCAAUUUUACAAUAAGAAGAAUAGAUAAGAAUACAGGAGUUGGAUGAAUUGAUACUUUCCUCAAAAUAAUUAUAUUGUUAGAUGGAAUUGUUAAAUUAGACUAAAAAUUAAUUUUAAGAACAUAUGAAAAAACUUAACACUAUUAAAAAAUAAAUAGCAGUGUUUUCA